AUGAGCUAUCAUUUUACUCCUUCUUCGUCUUCUGCUGUUGCUGCUCCACCAAUCCAUCCACCACUACAACAACCACCCCCACAACAAUCUUUACUUCAACCACAAUCUUCAAAUCCUUGGACUCCUUGUCGGAAUGCUGCAGCAUUUGAUUUUAUUAAUUUUCAACAACAAUUACCUCCACAGUCUUUAUUUGGAAAUGUUGGGGGGCCAGGAGAAUGUUUAGCAGCUCCAAUACUUUCCUCUUCUUCUUUAAUUUCACAACAAACAAAGCAACAUCAAAAAAUUAAUCAACAAAAUAGUGAAGAUGAAAUUAAAAUUUUUAGAACUGGACAGCACAAUACUGACUCUUUUAGUGGGUCUUCUCGUUUAACAACAGGAGAUUUAACUGAAAUGGAACGUGAAAAAAAUGAUUUGUUAGUUAGUGAUGUUAGUUCUAAAGAAUUUUGUUCUUCACCAGAAGUUGAACGUGGAGGGGGAAAUACAACAACAACUUUACAUGGACUUUCCUUUUCUGUUGAUGAUUGUCAAUAUCUUUUUAGUUUAAAUCGUAAAAGUGUUGGAGGAGGGGGAGGGAAAGAUAAUUCUUUUACAAUUUUAUUUCCAGAUGUUGAAUUACCGUUGAGAGAUGAUGGUUAUGCAACAAGCGAAACAAAUAUGUCGGCUUCGGGAAUAGCAAAUAGUGAAUGUACUACAAAUACAGUUAAUGAUGGAGGAGGGGAGGGGGGAAGUAUUUCCUCAAGUAAUUUAUUAUUUGGAAAUUCUAAUAAUGUUUUUAAAACUCGACGACGUUCUAAAAGCACGGGACAGUUAACUACAACUUUUUAA